AUGGCGACUACAUUUGAUGAGAAAAUCUGGUAUGAGAAGAAUGGGCUACAAUUGUAUGGGCUGUUUAAGCGGGGCGACCAAGGGCGCGCUCUUCCAUUAGUCGUCCUGCUUCACGGCAGCGGUGCAACUGCCGCCUACUUUGACAACUCUGCUGUUUCAGUAGUCCAAAGCUUCCACAGCCUCGGUUAUGACGUCCUCAACAUCUCUCGACCCGGGUACGCCGGAAAUGCGAUUCCCACCUCCGAGAAACCCAUGAGCGCUUCAAUUCCUGUAUUCAUCGACUUCAUCGAGCAUGUGUACAAUGAAAAGUCCUCCGCCAAAAACGACAAUAGUGGCAUCGUUCUCUUUGGUCAUUCUCUCGGCGGCGCCUUCGCAUUGUCGAUUACUGCUGAAGCUCAAGACCGGCUUCCUUUGUUGGGUGUGAGCGCACUAGGCUGUGCGCCUCUACGAAACGCGAAGAUAAUACUUCCAGACCCAGACCCAGAGCCAUCCAAUCCACGAUUCUUGGUCGAGACCAACCCCGAGAAUAUUCGGAAGUUUAUGGGCGAGAUUGAAUGGCUGAAUAUCGAGGCGUUGGAUCCAGAACUUGUGGCACAGGUGUUUGAGCCAGGUAUCAAGUCGGAACUCCGAGAGUUCUCUACCGACGAGUUCUACGACUAUUUGGUCAAUAAAGUCUACCCCGCUAUCAAGAUCCCAGUUCAAUACCUGUGCGCUGAACUAGAAGUCGCCUGGGACAACGAGAAAGAAGGUCGCCCCAUUUUCGAUGACCUCGUUUCUAAAUUCACGAAUGCCUCCGAAGUCGAUUCCGAGAUCCUGCCUCGUGGCGGUCACAAUUACGAGUUCUCGCUGAAUCAUGGUCUUCUGUGGGACAAGAGAAAGACAUUUCUCGAGAAGCUGACAAAUAAAUAUGCUACUUCGUCUACGAAUGGCAUUGUAAAGGACGACAUAAUCAAAGAGGGCGUGUUUACGUCGGUCCCAGUGCUAGACUAUGCGGAGAGCGCAUCACCGUCAACUAGACCUGCAUUUUUGAAGGCACUAAAAGCUGCGAUUGUCAACGUUGGGUUCUUCUACUUGAAGAAUACCGGUGUGCCAGAUAAAGUGCAGAGCAAUUUUACGGAACAAUCAAUUGCAUUAUUUAACUUGCCCUUGGAGAAGAAACUAGAGAUAGAGAUGGUAAAUAGCAAGCAUUUCCUUGGCUAUGCGCGCCUGGGACAGGAGGUUACUGCUUUAAAGAACGAUUACCGAGAACAGUUUGACUUUGCAACUGAACUGCCUGCUCCCGGCCCCGAGGAGCCGCUCUACCGCAAUCUCCGUGGACCAAACCAGUGGCCCGAUUCGCAAGCCUUGCCACACUUCCGUACCGCUAUAGAAAGCUACAUGGACCACAUCGAUAAACUUGCAGGAUCGUUCAAAUCACUUGUUGCCGAAGCACUGGAUUUGCCAGCGACCGCUUUUGACCAGUUCUUUGACCAUCCCCAGCAAAAUAAACUGAAACUGAUCAAAUAUCCGGAACCGGUGGACAGCAACCCAGAUGAGGAUACUCAAGGAGUUGGUCCGCAUAAGGACUCUUGCUUCUUGACUUUCCUCCUGCAAGGAACGCCUCACACUGGCCUUGAGGUGCAAAACAAAGCCGGGACAUGGUUGCCAGUGAAACCUAUCCCAGGAACCUUGGUGAUCAACAUCGGUCGCGCACUUGAAGCUAUCACCGGGGGUGUUUGCACAGCGACCACACAUCGCGUGAACCUCCGUACAGAAAAUUACAAAGAUGAACAAGGCAACUCAUUGGGUCCGCGAUAUUCAUUUGCGAUAUUCCAAGGCGUAAGUCUCGAUUUGGGCGUGGAGAAGAUCAACAUCAGCAUCCCGGAGCAUAUCAAGGACCUGGUCAAGGAUGAAAAAGUUCGAUCUGAUGCCGAGGCGACAUUCAAUCAAAUGUUCAAUGGUAACAUCGGUGAAGGCACGCUGAUUGCACGCAUCACGAGUCAUCAGGACGUAGCGCAGCGAUGGUAUCCGGAUCUAUUGGCUCAAGCGUUACAAGCGCAGAAAGACAAGUACCAGUGA